CAGCAACCGCACCUGGACUUUGCAAUGUUUGUUGUCUGACCAGCUCCAGUAUAUAAGCCACAGAAUAUCAGUACCCAAGCACAAGCGCUUGCAGAGAUACACCCAGCGGACAGCCAUGAAGGUCCUCGUUGUGCUCGCACUUGCCGUUUUAACAGGCUGUAAUGCCAACCUCCUCUAUGCUGAUGAACCUAAACCUCAGCUGGAAGCCCUGACUGAUGCAUUCUGGGACUAUGUUGCCAAGGCUACCAAGUCAGCCGACGACACCCUGCAGAUGAUCAAGUCGUCUCAGUUUGGACAGGAUGUGACCGCUCGUCUCACAGACAGUGCUGAUGCAGCCACACUGUACACUCAAAGAGUCCAUGAACAGCUCCCCCCUGCAGCCCAGGAAAUGAUCAGCACAGUCACCAUGGAGACCUACGCCCUGAAAACACGUUUGGAGGAAGAGAUGGCCACUGCCAAGGCAAAGCUUGACCCCAUAACUGAGGACAUGAAGACCAAGAUUCAGCAGCAAGUAGAGCAGCUCAAACAGGAGUUGGCCCCUCUUGCUGACAUGGAUCCUGAGACGCUGAGGGCCACCCUGAUUCAGAAGACAGAUGAGCUGAAGGCCAGCCUGGAGGCAAGCGUUUUGGACCUGCGGGCUCAGCUUAACCCCUACAGCGAAGACAUGAGGCAGAAGGUGGACCAGCACCUGCAGGACUUCAAGGAGAGGGUGGUGCCUGUGACCGAGAGGGUGCACAGUGAGGUGACUCAGAGAGUCCAGCAGGCGAGAGAUAUGGCUAUUCCCUACGUUGAGGAGAUAAGGGAAAAACUGGACCCUCUGGCCAAGGAUGUCCAGGAUCGUCUCACCGCCCUGUAUGAGUCCUUCACCCAAACCAACUAAGUCAGAGAGAGAAACUUCCCCAAAUGAAGCUGCAUCCGAUCCAAUCUAAGGCCCAUCCAUGUUUGUUUGAUGACACCAGCUCUUCUGGUUUAAAAGUUGCACAUUUUGAUGUAUCCAAAGUAUAAAAAGCUAACAACAUAAAAUAAGUGUUAAUCUGCCACCAUAAAAAGUGUUCUCUUUCUAUAUUUCUGAAAAAAAUAAAAUCACCAAAAACCUAA